AGAACUACUAUUCUGUUGCAAUUUAGUCUGUUCAUGUUUUUGUUAUAAGGGAGAAGCUUUGAUGCUCCAAUGGUGUGAACAAGAAUCUUUAAAUCCCAUUGGUCAAAGGUAGCAUUAAGUAGAUAUUCUCUUCAUCAUUUGCUCUGGAGUGGUGAUGGUGUCUUGGGACAAAAAUGGUUCAGUACCAAGUCAGCAUCAGAAUCUUCAAGUCCCAUUGGUCAAAGGCUGCAGUUAGUAAGAAUUCCUCUUCACUUUUUGCUCUAGAGUGGUGAAAGUGUCUAUGGACAAAACUGGUUCGUACCAAGUCUACCACUGUAUCUGCCAAUAUUGGAUGGAUUUGAACUGGAGACAGGGCCAACGAUUGAGUGAGAGUUGGAACUACAGUUGAGUGACCAGACACAAAGCCCAGAGCCCAGUCAGUCAAUGAUCAUCAAUAAGAUGGGACAGUGAAUGCUUUAGAACAGUUCUGUUCUUCUUGAACCAACAGGUGGUAUGGCUUACAUCUCGGUGUGUUUGGGUGGACCCAUUUAAAUGAUUCUUCGGCUUUCAAGCAGCUGUAAGAAGAUUCUGCAAUUCUCACGCGUGUAAGACAUGUCUAGAAGAUGCCAUUAUGCUCCAUGUCAUGGGAUAUCUUAAAUGCUUUUUGGAUGAGAGGAAUUGUGCUCGAGAAUAAAAAAUGUCUUGUCUGUCUGUGCAUCUCCAAGUGAUACAUACUCUGAAACACUUUCAUAUUGGAAAAUAAAAGAUAUUAUUUGUUGUUUGCCAACCAACAGAUUACAUUCUCCGAUAAGAAAAGUAUACUUUGAGGAAUGCUUUGACCAUUGGAAGUGAUCGUGUUUGUGUACAUCUACUGCUGCUAUCUUCAUGAGAUGUUAACCUCAGAACUUCAUGCAUUUUGUACAGUAAACUAAAACUGCAAAGUAUAUCAAUCGGACAAUAUGCAACAUUUUUACUACUAAAGGACCUCAUGGGAGACUACAAUUUGCAAGUUUUGUAACCAGCUUAAUCAUGAAGUUUUCUAGAGGAAUGUUUUAAUUUCAAAUUCAAAAAAUGAUACAGUCUCCAUCAGAUUCUUAUUCUGAUUUUUAUUAUUUGGUGAAAAUAAAAAUUAGUUUUGUAGUUUCGUCAUUGAAAUGCAGCCUACGGUGUACAUAUGUACAAUGUUCUAUACUGUAUGGAUAUGGUGAUGAUUGAUGUGAACAUUGAAUAUGACUACAAAACUGCAGUUUUCUAUGUUAGAAUGUGAAAGAACCUGAAUGCUUGGAUGCAGAGAGGAAGAUGCAAACAACUGCCUUGCCAAAGAGUCAUGUACAUUACUGCAUGAAUGAUAUGAAUGCAAAGAAAACUGCACAGAUUUGUGGUCAAUUCUUCUCCAAUGACUAUACUGCUUUCAUUGGAAUUUAGGAAACUGAGAACAACAAUGCCAUGAUGGAAUAUAAUUGGAAUAAGUGUCUGUCACCUCAGGGGUGCUUCACUGAGACAUUGGGAGAAAAUCUGAUUAGAGUCCGCAAUCCUAUUUAGCCAGCCCAGCACAGUAAAUCAUCGCUAAUCGGACACCUUGCAAUUCCUUCAUUCAUUCAUAAUUAUAACAAGUGUUAAGCUGUGUGCACUUCGUCCGUGAUGAUGUUUUCUGAUACAGCAUGAAAGAAAUUUCUAUCCAGAAUUCUUCAGAGAUGACUGGGAAAUAUAUUUUGUUUUGAGAAAUGUACUCUUGGAGAAAGGAUCCUUUUUAUUAAUGCCAGUCUGCCAUAGUUGCAAAUGGUUUGCGAUAACAGAAUUCUAGUGAGGAGGCUUCUGAUACACAAGCAUGAUGAAAUGGCAGCCAGCGAAAAAGGCCUAUUAUCGUCAGGGUGUGGCCCUGCAAUGUCUUGGUCGCCAUGCCGAUGCGUUGGCAGCGUUUGCUUCCGGUCUUGCUCAGGAUCCCAAGAGCCUUCAACUCCUGGCUGGUCUUGUGGAAGCAGCAGUCAAGUCACCACUCAAAGACAACUUCGAACCAACCUACAAGCAGCUUGUGUCUAUGAACCUGGAUAAGAGUCCCUUUGUAAUCAUCUCUGUGAUUGGUCAAGAGCUCCUUGCUGCUGGCUAUCAUGCAUCCUCAUUGGUUGUUCUAGAGUCUGCGCUCAAGAUCGGUACAAGUAGUCUGAAGCUACGAGGAUCUGUCUUCUCAGCAUUGAGUAGUGCUCACUGGGGUCUAGGAAACACUGACAAGGCUAUCUCAUACAUGCACCAAGACCUAUCAGUUGCAAAAUCACUCAGUGACCAUGUAGGUGAAUGUAGGGCUCAUGGAAACCUGGGAGCAGCAUACUUCUCUCAGGGUAACUACAAGGAAGCCUUAACUCACCAUCACUUUCAACUCUAUCUCGCUAUGAAGCAGAAAGAUCGCAAUGUAGCAGCAUCAGCACUCAGUAGUUUAGGUCAUGUAUACUCAGCGAUUGGAGACUUCCCCAAUGCACUCACAACACACAAGCAAUGUGUCACUCUGGCACGACAACUCAAUGACAAACAGUUUGAAGCUCGGGAGAUUGGAAAUGUUGGCGCUGUCCAGCUUGCACUAGGAGAUUUUGACAAGGCAUUGGAAUGCCACAAACAGCACUUGGACAUUGCUAAACAGCUGGAGAAUAGAACUGAGGAAGCGAGAGCAUACAGUAAUUUAGGAAGUGCUUUUCAUUAUCAGAGGAACUUUGAGAAGGCAUCUCAUUAUCACAAUGAGGUGCUGUCAAUUGCGAAGGAACAUGAGAAUCGUGCAAUGGAAGCAAGGGCCUAUGCAGGACUUGGACAUGCUGCCAGGUGUUCAGGGGAUCUGAACACAGGUAAGCAGUGCCAUGAACAGCAACUCAAUAUAGCACUCAGCACCAAAGACAAGGUCAUGGAAGCGAGGGCCUGUUCCAACUUGGGGAUAGUGUAUCAGCAGCAGGGACAGUAUGACACAGCCUUGAAGUGGCACAAAGCACAUAUGAACAUAGCAACGGAAAUGAACGACAGAGCAAGCAUGGGACGUGCAUAUGGUAACAUGGGCAAUGCGUACAGUGCCUUGAACCAGCAUGAACAAGCCAUCAAGUAUCACAAACAAGAACUGACCAUCUCACGUGAAGUAAAUGAUAGGGGAGCGGAAGCAUGCACCCAUGGUAAUCUUGCUGUUGCCUAUCAGGCUAUGAACAUGAAGGACAAAGCCAUGGAGCAUUAUCAGAGCCAUUUAUCAAUAGCUGGUGAACUAAAAGACAAAGCAAGUGAGGCAAGAGCAUUGAGCAACCUUGGUAACUAUUUUAGUUCUAAAGGAGAAUUUCAACAAGCCAUUCCUUUCUAUGAGAGAUACCUCGCAUUAGCCAAAGAGGUCAAAGAUCUAGAAGGACAAGGAAAAGCUUACCAUAAUCUAGGGUAUGCUCUCUACUCAUUAGGAAAUUAUAAGGCCGCAGUACAAUACUAUGAGAAAGAUCUUCUGCUAGCAAGGGACCAGAAGGACAAGGUAUGGAUGGGAAGGGCCUAUUGCAAUCUAGGUCUUGCUUACAGGACGUUAGGUAACUUUGAAAGGGCAGAAGAUUGCCAGAAGUGCUUCUUGACAAUCACUCAGCAGGUCAAGAAUGCUCCUGGCAAGUUCAGGGCUUUGGGUAACCUUGGGGAUAUCUAUAUGGCUAAAAAGGAUACAGAUGGGGCUGUGAGAUUCUAUGAGCAGCAGUUACAACUCGCAAAAGUGGUCAGCAACAAGGCACUUGAAGCUACAGCAUUUGGUGCAUUAGGUGCUGCUCAGAGGAAACUGAAACACUUUGACAAAGCACUGGCACACCACACACAAGAGCUGCAGCUGUACCAGGAACUUAAUGAUCUUAAAGGAGAAUGUAAGGCUCAUAGUCACUUAGGUGCUGUGCAUACUUCAUUAGGAAAAUAUUUGGAUGCUUUCAAAUGUUACGAGGAACAACUGGAAAGAGCGCGAGAGCUUAAUGAUGGACCCAUUCAAGCACAAGCCUAUGGCAAUCUAGGUAUAACCAAAAUGAAUAUGAACCUCUUUGAAGAUGCUCUGGGUUACUUUGAGGAACAACUUGGAGCUCUGGAACAAUUAGGUGGCAAUAUGGUGCUUCAGAAUCGUGCAAGUGCUUUUGCAAAUUUAGCAGAGUGCUAUGAAGCACUGAAUGAUUUAGAAGAAGCUGUAAAAUGUUAUGAACAAUAUCUUCUCAUAGCACAAAGUAUAAGAAAUCUAGAAGAGCAGGACAAAGCUUAUCAUGGUCUAGGAAAUGUCCAUCGAUCACUAGGUAAUCUCCAACAAGCCUCAUUCUGUUAUGAAAAACGUCUACUCUUAGCACAUGAGACAAACUCUGCUACAGCCAAAGCAUCAGCCUAUGGGGAACUUGGUUGCUUACAUAGCCUCAUGGGUAACUUUGAGCAAGCAAUAUCAUGUCUAGAAAACCAAAUGAGGAUAACCCUUGAAGCAAAUGACAAAGCAGGACAGGCUGAUGCAGCUUGUGGACUUGGUGGUGUUUACCAGCAAAUGGGAGAGUUUGAGAAGGCUCUUGAGUUUCAUGAGGAUGACUUGAAGAUUGCAGAGGAAACCAGUAACCUUUCUUGUCAGGGAAGAGCCUUUGGUAAUCUAGGAGUGACCCAUGAAUCUCUGGGUAACUACCAGAAAGCAAUCGUUUACCAAGAACAGCAUCUUAGUAUAGCCGCCCAGGUAAAUGAUAGAGUAGCUAAAACCUUGGCCUAUGCUAGCCUUGGUAGGGUCCACCAUGCCCUGGGCAACCACUCUCAAAGUGUCACCUACUUCAAGCAAGGAUUGCAGAUUGCGAACCAGCUUGGACGCAAAGAGGACGAGGCUAAGAUCAGACACCGGCUUGGUCUUGCUCUCUGGUCCAUCUCAAAACUUGAGGAUGCACAACAUGAGCUCUACCGCGCUGCUGAGAUUUUUGAGGAAAUCCGACGUGAUGCCCAUGGAAGUGGUGAAUACAAGAUCUCACUCUUUGAUGCCCAGUCUGCCUCUUAUCAGGCUCUUCAGCGUGUCUUGGUUGCACUUGACCGUGCAGAUGAAGCUUUGGCAGUUGCAGAACGAGGACGAACAAGAGCGUUUGUGGACCUUCUGAUGGAAAGACAGAGUGGGAAUGAGACAGUUCCUCUAGACACCACUCUAAUGACCAAUGAUCAGAUACAGGAUCUUGUCAGCAGACAGAGCGCUCACAUCCUCUACUUUUCUAUUGCAGAUGGUCAUCUGUACAGCUGGCUAAUGAAUCCAACUGAUGGAAUUGUGAAGUUCCAUGAUUGUGACUUGGCCCACAUUGACAAGGACACCAAGCCUGAUGACCAAUCCUCUACUGCCUCAUCCACUACCUCUCUGCCUUCUCUGAACUUGACUAAUGGCAUUUCCUAUUCCUGCACCGCCCUUUUGGAGCAGUACAUCAGUCAUGCCCGGGAGGCCCUUGGGGUGGACACCCACAUCCAUUACAACGGGGACAUCACCAGUGAGACAGAGUCAGAGGCUGAUGAACUUCUGCAACAGCACUUGGAAGAGCUAUCUGCCAAACUAGAUUCAGACCGUAGUGGCUUCCUCCGCCUCACAAACCGCAAUAACAUCAUCAAUAGCUCUUCCCGAAGCAUAGCUAGCCUGGCGAGUCAGCUAAGUGGUGGGCUAGGAAGCCUCAAUGGAAGCAUCGCCAGACGGGAAGCUGCCAACAAGCUUCUUAGGCACAAGUCAUGGUCUGGUAAACCUCCAUUGAGGGCGCUUUAUGAUGUCUUGAUUGCACCAUUAGAAGAUGCAUUACCACAGCCAAAUGGACCUGAUACACCCAGAACAGACCUGGUGUUGGUGCUAGAAGGAGACCUGUAUUUAGUGCCUUUCUCCAUCUUGAAGGGAGGUUCCUCCACUGAAUCUUUCCAUGAGCGCUUCAAUGUUCGGAUGGUCCCCUCGCUCCGCGCAUUGAACCUCAACUUGUACUGGGAGCAGCGAACUCCAACUAGCAGUGGCAUGCAGCCUGCCCUCAUUGUUGCCAAUCCCAAACUUCCUCCCAGCGUUAUCGACAAGUGGGGAUGGAGUGGAAUGGCUGGGUCUGAACAGGAGGCAUCAACAGUGUCAGAACUUUUGGGAGUCAAAUCCCUGACUGGUGCCUCGGCUACCAAAGAGGGGGUGCUUCGUGGCAUUGAGAGUGCAGAGUGCCUCCAUUUUGCGACCCAUGUUUCUUGGAAGCUUUCAGCUCUGGUGCUGUCACCCAAAGAUCCCACCCACAUACAGAGUGCCUCUCCUAUCCAUCUAACAAGUGCCAAUAAUCCCAACUCACCUGAGCAGCUGGACCUGAAUGACAUGAACAGUCCCGAGCCUCAUGCCCGGAAUGGAUCCCGUCCUGACAUCCCUUCAUUAAGUGACUUCCUCCUAACAGCAGCUGACAUUCUGGAUCUCCAUCUCACAGCCAAGUUGGUGGUCCUCAGUCCAUAUGGCAACGAGGGGCGUGGCGGUGCCCGCAUCACUUCGGACUCUGUCAUUGGUCUGGCCCGAUCGUUCCUUGCUGCAGGUGCCCAGAGCGUCUUGGUUCCUCUAUGGUCCAUGCCAGAGUCAGCGGUUCAAGUCUUCAUCAGAGCUCUCUAUGACAAGCUCCUUGGUGGUAGCAAGGCCAGUCUGGCCGUAGCUGAGGCCAUGAAGAGCGUCAGGGAGGUGAAGCAGUUUGCUCAUCCAUCCAACUGGGCAGGGUUUGCUCUCGUUGGAUGUGAUGCUAGGUUGAGCAACAAGAGUGCCAUGUUUGGUAAUGCCCUAGGUGAUAUCCUAACCACACCUUCAAAGUGCAGAGAUGCCCUCAGAGUUCUGCUUCAUCUGAUCGAGAAGUCUCUGCAGCGCAUCAACCGCGGUCAGACCAAUCCCAUGUACACCACACAGCUUAGCAUCACCAAGAGAGUAGGGCCAGUCCGAGGUUGGCAGGAGCUCCUCAAGUCUGUUGGCUUCAGGUUUGAAGAAGAGAUCUCUUCAUCCAUCCCUCCAUCUGUUUUCUUCCCUCAGUCAGAUCCAGGGGACAGGCUGCUACAAGCAAGCUCCAGUCUCCAGGCUUUGCUAGGACUGACAAACCAAACCAACUUGGCUAUAUCCAAGCUUCUUCCAUUCCCUGAGGCAGCAUUGGAAAUCAUUGAAAUGCUGGGAACAUUGCUCAUUGAGCUGGAGAAGCUGAGACGGGAGCAUAGGGGAGAGAGUCCUGUGCUUGAAGCCAGUAGCUUACACAUCCCUAGCUAUCUAGAAUCCCCUGGAACAGUGCAGAAACACAUGCUCCAGCAUGUGCAGUCUAAGUACAGUAGAGACGGAGAAGGGGGUAUGCAGCUACCAGUCAAUGUCAAGCUGUGGCAGACACCGGGGUGUCAUGAACUCCUAUCUUCAUUAGGGUUUGAUGUGAUAGACAUGGGACCAGAGGAAGUUCUUCUCAUCACAAGGAAGCAAGUCAGUAGAAGAUUCAUCCAUUACACCUUACAGGGUUUACUGGCUAUCUUUAAUCCGUCAGAAGCUCCUAAGACCCUGCCCUUGGAGAGUUUCUCCUCGAUGGAGAGCUUGAACUCUGAGACAUCAGGUACCUCAAUGUCUGGUAUGUCUGGGUUCUCUAUGUCAGCCAUGUCAGGGACAUCAAUCAUCUCCAGUCACUCCCUAAAAUCAGGAGAUGUGCCGGUGUCCAAACCCCCUAAGGUUUCAUCGAGAUCCAUGAUGAGAAGUGUCAAGGAAGGCAGACAGAAUCACCUUCAUGCAACAACAUCCACCCCAAAGGCGCAUAACUGGAGAGGAGAUUUCUCCAAUACUAGCAUGAGUUCAAUGGGUUUGCACAAUCCAGAGUUGUCACCUGUGUCUCCAAGUCCACCUCCUAUUCCUGAAGGGCGGAAGGAGAGUGAUAGCAACAAGAGUGAUAAGCGGUUGGGUCAUCUAGGUAUUCCUCAAGAGGUCUUGGCCUUCCUGCAGGAUGAGAAUGCCUUUAGUCCUGAAUCGGUGCCACCGCCACUGACAUUGAAGGCUGAAAGUCCCGUGUCCAUUAGUUCUCAGAGGUCAUCCAGAGAAUCGUUGAUUGGAGGCACAAAUUCACCUGUUGCAGGGACAGUUAAUCCUGCAUUCAUUGAUGAGACUGAUGACAUUGUCAGUGAGCGUGGCUAUACUCUUGCUGCUUUGAGACGGAUGAGUCCGACAGCCAGAGGGAAGCCUGUAGUAAACAGGCCCAGUAGGUCACCAUCACCAGGAGAUGUCUUCUUGCCAAAUGCAGCUGCGACCAGUCUGGGACAGACUUCAAAGAAUAGUAGCAGGGGCAACAGCCCAUCAGGAAAAUCAGCCGUAGCUGGAAGGGCAAGACGACAAAGUAGCACUGACAGUGUUGAUAGUACUACUAAGGGUGCCAGGCAAAAAAGCAGGACAUCACCUCUGCAGACCCUUGGUCAUGAGAACAUUGCCAUGAAGAUUCUGAAGGACACCAUGAAGCACAUGACUGCUGUAGAACGCAUGCAGCAAUAUUCUGAUCUCCAGCACAACAGGGAGAAGCUUCGUAGGAACAGCAGCCAGGAUCGAGCUAGCCCCUUGGAACAAGAGACCAAAUUCAACAGUACUUCCAGCAACAAUAACAACAGCGCUGCCACUAGCAAUAAAAGUGCUGCUCAGGUUAAUAAUCCUGUUUCUGCAACAGUGGUGGAGAGUAAGAUACAGCAUCAUACAGCUAAUGCAGAGAGCAUGUCGGCUCCUACCACUUCAUUGGUUGGACGAUUGGAGAAGGCGGGUAGGAAGCCUCCGCCUCCUAUCAAAGCUAAACCUCUCUUUGACAAGUCUCGUAAUUUGACAGCUAAUAACCAAAGCACCCAUUCCAAGCCAAAUGGUAGCAUUCCUCAUACGACUAAUGGAUUUAAUCCACAAGGGACCAACUCUAUUAAUGGUCCCACAAGAACUACUUUUGGACCAAUACCAUAUAGACCCAAUAAUAGUCAUCCAAGAGAAUCAAGGACUAGUGAUAGUAGUGACAAGAGUUCAGAUUACCCUCGUAGUUCUAUCUCUAGUGAUCCUGACAGCAGCCAUCAGACCCCACCAUACAACAGUCAUUCCAUUCAUAACAAGUCUACCUUGCCACUAACCAAGCCUAUCAGCUACUCUUCACCACCAGACUACAAACAAGUCAUGCUGUCACGCCAAAAGAAUCUUAAUCCAAGUCCCAAUAAUACUUCAGAUCACUCCAGCAGUUCACCAUCCACCCAGCUUUCAUCAGGUCAGAAUAUUGGUAGACGACCCGGCAGCGCCCUCAGUACUAACAGUAGCCUCUACUCAUCCACAUCCUCCAUUCAAAGCGUGAUACAUGUACCAACAGCAGGGUCUGCAAACAGGCAGACACCGCCCCGACAGCUUGCCACUGCCAGACAAGGAAGCCUGGACAGUAAUGCUUCAACAGACAGUCUAGGUCUCACCAUGUCCCCACGUACACCUCAGUCCCCAAACAGACCGUUGAUGAAUGGAGGCAUCCGCUCACCUCUAGCCUCACCGAGGGAUCACACGGUAAUGACCAAAGAUGGGGAACGGAAGAUUGUUGGCCAGAGGGUAUUCCAGUCUUCCCCUUGCUAGCAAAGAUAACACUCUUAUUACAGAUGAUGUAUUGUUGUACAUUGUGUGCAAAAUAUGACUUACACAUACCCAUCCUCCGUUGAAACACAAAUAUGAACAGUAUUGAAUCGCUUGCAUGAUUUCUUCAAGAUGGUGUUGAUAGUGUGGCAAAUGCUCUUUAAGACUAGCUCUGUUAACAAUUCCUUGGAGUGAUUCAUGAGCAAUUUGUAAGAAUUAAGGUCAACUUGUGGCUAAGAAAGGAAUGAUUAUUCAUGUGAAACUAUGAGUGUGAUGAAAAAAGAAGCAUGUUACUGCAUUUUAUAUGUUACCUAUGGUGGUAAAUAUUGGUGAUUAUGUAAAAAAAAUAUGUGCCCUCAGACACUACCAAAGACAAACAACCACAGAGAUAAAAUAAGUGCUCAAUAACAUGUUUCCAUGAGCUGCAUAGUUGCCAACAAAUUUUAUAUAGGUCAACAUUUCACAAGCCAAAGAUCUCACUCUCCAUUGCAUUUUAACCAAUUUGAAAAAAAAUCUAUGGGUGUUUUAAAAAAACAUUUUCUGACUUGACACUUGGUUUCAAAAUUGGGUCUGUGAUUUAUAUUCUUUUAUAUGAAUAAUAGAUAUGAAACAAUUCAAAAUUAGUUCUCUACGAAAAAACGUUUUUGUGGAUCUUUUAAUUUUAACUUCUCAGGAUACAAUUUCCAAACCCAAUAAACAGUUGAAGAUAUUUCUUGAAAGCAGCGAUAACUAAACUUUACAUUGAUGAUUUCAUUCCAGUUGGUUAUUAUUGUCAUAAAAGCCUCUUAUCCAUUGGAUUAAUAUGAUCUUCUGAACAAUAAGUGUUGGUUGGUAUCAUUUUAGUUUUUAUAUAUCUUUUCCUCAUCUAAAUGAAUUUAAUGUGCAACUCAUUAUAUGGUAAAUUCAGGAUGAACAUGCCUUUGGGCAAUGUUGCUAGGGUAAGAUAAAUCUUGAAUAUGCUGAAAUACAAUGCACUUGUUUUAUAAUGACGCAGGGAUUUAACUUUCAUAAGUUCCUUUAGACAAUGCACGUUCUCACCAUUUUCUUGUGAUCUGAUGAUAUAAUGAAUGCACAGCUAAAAUCAUUCUCUUUUUUUGGAGACAAAAAAUCACACUUUAUGUAAUUUGCAUCACAUUACCAAUUGGGGAGCUGUUCGCAUGUGAUAUAUUUAUUAAAAAAAGACUCUUUUAAGUCCAUAACUUUGUAAAUCUCUGAUAGAUUUUUUCUUGGAUAAAUAUUCACCAAAUAUUCAACCAUGCAUUUCUUCUGUUUUUCUGCUUCUAUGAAAACGACUUCAUGCUAGAUUGAACAUCCCUUUUAAUAUUCAUAUAAAUAACAGGACUUUUCACACAGUUGACAUUCAUCAAAUGAAUAUUACUUUGUCUUUGAGCUCAGUACUUAGUACAUGCCAUAUAAGACGGAUUAUUCAGGAGUAUCUUAAAUGAAUUUACAAGUGCCUGUGUGAUGAUUAAUUUCCUUUUAUUAAGGCAUUCCAUUUUAUUUUGCUUGAUUUUUACUGUAAUUAUUAACAGUAAUUUCUAUAUUUUUACACUAUGCCUUCUUUUAGGACACAGUUUUGUUCUGCAUUAUUAUAUCUGCAAUUUUUUUUGCAAAUGUACUCCCUUGAAGGUGUUUAAUCUCAUGUUUGCAGCCACUGUGUUCAUAGUUGUAUUCUAGUAUUGUUUGGUUCAAUGCUUCCAUUUAUGAUGUUAAGAAUUAACUUAUUGAAAAAAUGAAAUGCUAGAAAUUCAAAUUGAUUAAUUGUAUUAUAAGUGUGCAAAUAUAGGUCACCUGAAGUACAUACUAUAUUAUUACUGUAAAUAUGUACAUAAAUGAAAUGUUGCUCAUUUUAAACCAAAUUCACAACUUUAUAGCUGACAUUUUUCAUAUUAAAACUAAGUGUAAAUAAAUUUGUAAUAUAAUGCUUAAGAGCAUUUCUAUUUAUAAUUC